UUAAAUUCAUCAGUGAUAAAAGUUUACGCACAUAUGUAUUGCACUGUACGUUAUUUUUUAUGACAUCAGUUGAACGUGAAUAUAUGAGUUGUCGAGUCUUCUUAUCUACAACAUCUGAAAUUAAAAAUCCAAAACGUUGGAUAUAACGAUUACAAGAGUAUUUGAACAUUAAAAAGAUGAGUUCAAGAUUUGGCGGUCUCAAAUUAGGCCCUCCAAUAGAAGUUUUUGCGCUUCAGAAAGCAUUUGUUGAAGAUAAUUAUGAAAAAAAAGUAAAUUUAUCUAUAGGAGCUUUUCGUACCAACGAAGGAAAGCCCUGGGUGUUACCAGUUGUUCGAAAAGUAGAAAAGUCUUUAGCUGCAGAUGAAUUGCAAAAUCAUGAAUAUCUUCCUGUUUUGGGGUUGGAAGCUUUCAGUCAAGCAGCAACAAGUAUGUUGUUGGGUGCUGACUCUCCUAUAAUUGCACAAGGUCGUGCUUUUGGUAUUCAAACAUUAUCUGGUACUGGAGCUUUACGUGUUGCUGCAGAGUUCUUGAGUCGCAUUUUACAUUAUGAUACCUUUUAUUAUAGCAAACCAACUUGGGAGAACCACAAACUUGUGUUCAUAAAUGGAGGGUUUAAGAAAGCUUGCGAAUACACAUACUGGAAUUCAGAUACUCGUAGUAUUGACAUAGAAGCAAUGCUUAAAGAUCUUGAUGAUGCUCCAGAAAAUGCUGUAAUUAUUUUUCAUGCGUGCGCGCAUAAUCCUACUGGAUGCGAUCCAACUCCUGAGCAAUGGACAAGAAUAGCAAAUCUAGUUCAAAGAAAACGUCUGUUUCCAGUUUUUGACAGUGCAUAUCAAGGUUUUGCAAGCGGUGACUUAAAUAAAGAUGCUUACGCAGUGAGAUUGUUUGCCGAACUUGGAAUAGAAUUUAUAUGUACGCAAAGUUUUGCUAAAAAUUUUGGAUUGUACAACGAACGAAUUGGAAAUUUAGUACUUGUUAUAUCAGAUAUAAAAAAUGUACCUCAAAUUAAAUCUCAGUUAACUUUAAUUGUUCGAGGAAUGUACAGCAACCCACCUAAUCAUGGGGCAAGAAUAGUUGCAACUGUAUUACGAAAUCCGGAUCUUUUCAAAGAAUGGAAAGGUCAUAUUUGCACUAUGUCUAAUAGGAUAAAAGAAAUGAGAACAAGUUUGUAUGAAAGACUGGUCAGAUUAGGAACUCCUGGUUCUUGGGAACAUAUUACUCAACAAAUAGGAAUGUUCUGUUAUACAGGUCUCGCUGAGAGACAAGUUGAACAUUUAAUAAAUCAUUACCACAUUUACUUGUUGAGAAGCGGUCGAAUAAACAUGUGUGGGCUUAAUGAAGUUAAUUUGGAUUAUGUGGCAAAUGCGAUCUAUGAAACUGUCUUACUGUUUCCUCAAAAUAAAACAAGUUGCACAUGUUGAAAUGGAUAAGUGGAAUAAGCUGUCGUAUAAUAAGUAUAAGUUACUGAAAUUCUAGAAUUGGAAACAUUAUUGAAACGUGGCAAUAUUUUAUGUGCACUCAAGUUAACUUAGAAGUGUAGAAGUAUUUUAUAGAGAUUUUCUUCCUGUUAUAAUCUUUUAUUUUUUUUUUUUUUACAUAGUUAUUAGAAUGUAUAGAUAUCAGGAUAACAAACUGCUUUUAAUCAAAGCAUUUAUUUUGACAAAUUUUAAUACUGAAAAAAUUCCGAACUCAACAGAAAUUUUAUUUUGUGCAGAAGCUAUACCAUUUCAUUACAAAGCGCCUUGUAUAUAAAAGUACAAAAUAUUACAAAGUAUUAUGAAUUGCCAAAUUUUCAAAUCGCUUAUUAUUAAAGUGAUUUCGAUUGAGCUUAAUAGUUUGUAGAAUUAUAAUAAAUAUCUAUAGCAAAUAUUCAUUAAAUACUAUGUUUUUACAAAGUUUUAAAGUGAAUAGGAUGUUGAUUAUACAAAGCAUUAACAUUUAGUAUUGGUAAUCACAGAGCAUAAAAAUUGCAUGAAAAUAUAUAUUAAAAUAUACAUGCAAUAUACUUAUAUAUAUUUAUGUAUUAUACCAGUUUUAAUAUUCAGAAGAUGGCCAUCUUUGUACAUAAAAAAGGUAAUAUCUCUGCUAUAUUUUUCAGAAACAUAUUUUUAAUAUUCAGAGUUCAAUAUUUUUAAUAAUAACCUGAUAUGUAUAAGCACAGUUUACGAAUGCUGUUAUUAAGGACUGAAAAAACAGUAACUAUAAUAUAAAUUAAAAGAAUAGAACUAAAAUUAUUUUAAUAAUAAGCGAUUGAUUUAUUAUUGAAAAUUUGUUAUCAUUUGCGCAGAUUAACAAGUAACCAUCUAAAACUAUUACAGUUUCAAAUGUUACUGUUAGUUCCUGUUUAUCUUAUUCUAAAAAAAAGUCGAUUAUUGUGAUUUCAUAUAACAUAUAAAAAGAAGAAUAUAGUACUAUAUUUUCUUUAUAGUGAAAAAAAAAUUAUAGCAUUUUCUUGUAAUACAGAUACUAUACACAUUUAUUAUAUGUGCAUUAUAAAAGAGAUAUCCAUUUUGUUACCUAAAUGCUUCCAGUAAUUUACAUAGUAUAAAUGUAUAGGUACAAGAAGUUUAAUGAGAAUUAAUCCAAUGAUUGAUAUUAAUUACAUUCUGUAUAUCACUUCCAAUACUAUGUAGGAAGAAUGCAAUCAAAUGUACUGUUUUCCUUUUUAUAAAUUUUAGUAUAUUAUUAUAUAUCUCAAAAGAGAAGUUAUAUACAUUUGUUACAUUUACAGAGUACACACAUAUAUAUAUAUACACAUAUAUUUUUAGUAACAUAGAAACUUAGAACCUUCCUUGUUCAUAAAUCUGGACCAAAUUGAAAAACUUGAAAAUUAAAAUCAUCUAUGUACUGCCAAAUUUGAUAGCUUGAAUGUGCAGCGAUAAGAGUUACUUUUUUAUGUAUUUACAUGAAGUAAAUGUGAUGCAGAAUGCCAUGUAUAUUUUAUAAAAAGAAUGUAUAAUUUUGUAAAGUUGAUACAUCUGAACAAUAAUCUAGCUUUAAUGUAUAUUUAGAUGAAAUUUAAGUAUUUCAAUAAAAGUUUAGCUUUAUUUCAAAGGGAUAUUGUAAUUAAUAAAAUUAUAUAUAUACACAUA